UGGCUCUUCACUCCACUGAAAGUCAGAGUUUCCGGAAGGGCAGAGGAGCUGUAACUCACAAACGACGAGGACUUUAACCUGUUAACCAUGGUGAAAAUUGGAAUCAACGGAUUUGGCCGCAUUGGGCGUCUGGUGACCCGUGCUGCUGUGACUUCUGGGAAGGUGGAGGUCGCGGCCAUCAAUGAUCCUUUCAUCGAUCUGGAGUACAUGGUCUACAUGUUCAAAUAUGACUCCACACAUGGCCGUUUUCAUGGGGAGGUGAAGACUGAGGGAGGCAAGCUGGUGAUCAAUGGCAAACCCAUCACGGUUUUCCAAGAGAGAGACCCAGCCAACAUCAAGUGGGGAGAUGCAGGUGCAGACUACGUGGUGGAGUCCACUGGCGUCUUCACCACCACCGAGAAGGCUUCUGCUCAUCUCAAGGGGGGUGCCAAGCGCGUCAUUAUCUCUGCUCCUAGCGCUGAUGCCCCCAUGUUUGUGGUGGGUGUCAAUCAUGAGAAGUACGACAAGUCAUUGAAGGUUGUCAGCAAUGCUUCCUGCACCACCAACUGCCUGGCCCCUCUGGCCAAAGUGGUCAAUGACAACUUCACCAUCGUUGAGGGGCUCAUGACCACAGUCCACGCCUACACAGCCACCCAGAAGACUGUGGAUGGUCCUUCAGGGAAGCUGUGGCGUGAUGGCAGGGGGGCCCAUCAGAACAUCAUCCCAGCAUCCACCGGGGCAGCCAAGGCUGUUGGCAAAGUCAUUCCUGAGCUGAAUGGGAAACUGACUGGAAUGGCUUUCAGGGUUCCCACUCCCAAUGUCUCUGUGGUUGACCUGACCUGCCGCCUGGAGAAACCAGCUAAGUAUGAUGACAUCAAGAAAGUGGUCAAGGCUGCUGCUGAGGGACCCAUGAAGGGAAUCCUGGGAUACACAGAAGACCAGGUCGUCUCAUCCGACUUCAAUGGCAGCACCCUGUCAUCAAUCUUUGAUGCCGGCGCUGGGAUCUCCCUGAAUGACCACUUUGUUAAGCUCGUCACAUGGUACGACAACGAGUUUGGCUACAGCACCAGAGUGGUUGACCUCAUCGUCUACAUGGCUUCCAAGGAGUGAAGCCCACCCUAGGUCAGAGGGUAUACCAGUCCUUCGACUCGACCUGUCCUCGCCCUUCACGUCCUGCCCUCCAUUGGCUGGUUUUUCUUUCUUCCAACUCGUCGAGCGGUAUCAUUCUGCUGUAGCUCUACACUUUCAGUGUGAGGAGUGGAGAUGGGGAAAACUCUGGUAGACGGAUGUGCUUGGUGAGAAACCAGCCAAUGAGGCCACCCCGAACUGUCAUGUAUCUGCACUUAAUAAAGUCCUCGGUUUGUGAGAA